GUAAGAUUGAAAUGCAUCUAUAUUAAUUUUAUAAAAGAGAUAUAAGAUAAAAAAUGUGAGAAGCACUUUAAAGUGCUUCUCAGUGUACAAAUCUCAAAACACUACAAACUGCUUUUACUCUUGACACCAGCAUGAACAUCAAACCAGACCACAUUAUGCAAAUCCUGAGAAGCCAAUCUAGAGGCUUCAAAACAGUCUUGUCAAAGCUUUUUAAAUUCGAGUAAGAGCUCAUGUGACUCACUUUACAGUGAGAUGCUUUAUAACAAGGUCACAGUGUACAAAUGAAAAACUCCAUAUCAGCCUCUUAGUGCUUGACACUUUAGUGAAAUUGAGACUGGCAAGAGUUUACCUUAAUUAGCAGCUCAAUAAUGGAUUAUGAAGAUUUAUCAACAUUGGAUCCCUUUUCUGCAGGUUAUGAGACUAAUGUUACAGACAAUGAAGGAGACUAUUUACCACCAGAAAGUGGCAUUUGUGAAAAAAGCUGGGUGAGAGAGUUCCGUGGCUCAUAUGAACCCCCUCUUUACUGGAUCAUCUUUGCAGUGGGAGCUAUAGGCAAUUUACUUGUUGUGUGGAUCUACACUACUGUACGAAACCGACUUAAAACCAUGACGGAUGUCUACUUGCUAAACCUGGCAAUAGCUGAUCUGCUCUUCCUGGGCACACUCCCAUUUUGGGCCACAGAUGCUGCCCAGGGCUGGGUGUUUAGUGUCAGUGUCUGCAAGGGAGUCUGUGCUGUCCACAAGAUAAAUUUUUUUGCUAGCAUGCUACUGCUUACUUGCAUUAGUGUAGACCGGUACAUAGCAAUUGUCCGUGUAACACAGGCCCACAACUUUAAAAACAAGAGGAUGUUCUACAGUAAACUGGCCUGCCUGUUUGUAUGGCUGCUCUCCUGUCUUUUGUCUCUCCCUGAGUUCCUUUUUGCUAAGGUGAGGACAAGCCAGCAAGAGGAAUCCUUUUGCAAUCUGGUUUAUCCCUCUGAAAACAAAAACCUUACCAAAGUUUUGGUGUUGUCCUUGCAGAUCUCAGUAGGCUUCUGCGUACCUAUAUUGGUCAUGGUUGCAUGCUAUUCUGUGAUCAUUCGCACCCUGAUACAGGCUCGCAACUUUGAGAAGCACAAAGCUCUAAGGGUUAUCUUUGCUGUAGUGGGAGCCUUUGUCCUCUCUCAGUUGCCAUACAAUGGCCAUUUGGUUGUAGAGGCAAUACAAGCUUAUAAUGUGACCAUGACAGAGUGUGAUGAUGUAAAGACCUUUGAUGUGGCUGGGCAGAUUGUGAAGAGUCUGGCUUAUAUACAUUGUUGCCUGAACCCUAUCCUGUAUGCUUUCAUUGGGGUGCGUAUUCGGAAGGAUCUACUCCAUCUGUGCCAGUGCUUGACCUCAGGGCUUGGUGGCAUUAACAAAGUGUCAGUUCCCAAGAGACCAUCUGUAAUGUCUGACACAGACACCACACCAGCACUGUCUUUGUAGCCUCCUGUUAACCAGUUGCCUUUUCCAGUUACUUCCAGUCAAAAUUAUAUCUUUCAAACACCAGUUGAAAAUUAGUAAUAAUGACUACUUUUGUCUUUCUACUCAAAUAUCAAUAGCAUUUUCAAAAUCUUUUGUACAGUGACUAAAAGCAUACAAGAUGAAAAAUACACAUUCCUCAAAUUCACAAGGUAGUCCUGCAAGAAAGGACCUUCUCAAAUACAUUGAACAUAGUCAAGGUUGUAUUUGAAAAGGUCCUUUCUUGCAGGACUAUGUUGUAAAUUUGACUUUUUAGGAAGCUCCUUUCAUGCAGGACUAUACUACAAAACACACUAUUGUUCUUGUUCAGUGUCCAUUGAUAUGGAGUUUCUGAAAUUAAUGUGGCUCUUCGUAUGGUCACUGUUAAUUCUGUACUUACUUGUGUGGUAAAUUUGCUUUGUUACAAGAAGAAUUUAUGCUUUAUGAAACAAGUCAUUUUUUCACACAUGCUGUCUAGAUUUUUUUCUUCUGUUUAGUAAAAUAUUGUAAAUACACAUGUAUGGGGUCAAAAAAAAUUGUCCUUCUUUUUUGUUUGAUCCUUAUAAUGUUCUACAUU